CUCGUCCAGUAAACUGCAUAGGCGGAUAAGGUGACGGUCCUACGUGGCAUGAUCGGCCACUCUUCCCUCCACAUUUCUAUACCUCUCCUUUAAACGCCUCAUCUCUCCGACACGAGAACCCAACCUCCUCAUUACCCAUGGCUUCUCCCACCAUACUCAACCCCGCCUCCGCCGCCGCGCCACCUAAACCGAUCAUAACCCGAAGCAGAGUCCAAUUAAUACCUUCCGGCUCUCGCAAUGCCAUUACUUCCAGCCGCCGAGAGCUCAUCUCCCUAUCCGCCGGGAUUUUCUGCUCUAGUACUCUUGCCGCUGCCCUGCCCGCCCGCGCAGCUUCCGACGAGGAGUACGUAAAGGAAACUACGGAGGUGAUCGGAAAAGUUAGGUCGACGAUGGGGAAAGAAAAGGGGGACCCGGAUUUAGUAGAUGCGGUGGCUGAUCUAAGACAGGCGUCGAAUACGUGGGUGGCGAAGUACCGGAGGGAGAAGGCACUCCUCGGACGGGCGUCCUUCCGUGACAUCUACUCGGCACUGAACGCCGUCUCCGGGCACUACAUAAGCUUUGGGCCGACGGCGCCGAUUCCGGCGAAGAAGAAGCAGAGGAUCUUGGAAGAGGUGGAAACUGCAGAGAAGGCUUUGCAAAGAGGAAGAUGAUGUUGUUUUUUGGGCAUAUCUUUAAUUUUAUGUUUGUUCUUGAAAAAUCUAAGUCAGUAUAUGGGGUCUGUAUUCAGAAAUUGUGGGCGAAUUUGUUUUGAACUGGACUGAAUUCAAGAGUGAUGAUAUAAAAUUCAAAAAAGCUAUCAGGUGGGUUAAAGAGAACAAAAUGAAGUGAUAUAAUAUUCAGAGUAUAUAUAUUUUUGGUAUUUGAAUGUUUAUAUUUUUAACAACCAUAAAUUUGAUCAACAUUGACCUACAUUGUUUUCAAAUGCACUAUAUUGUCAGUGCCAAGGCAAUGUCCAGGCCUGCAAGUGAUCUAAUGAUGAGAACCCCUUUCAGAGGAAGCUUGCAUUCCAGUUUGUCCAGUAGGUGAUAUUAGUUGAUUCUCUUAUUACUUCCCUAUAAAAAUCAGUCUAGUUGUUUUCCAUUAUAUUCAUAUAAUCUCUUGGAUAAUGAUGAAAACAUGAUUGAUCUAUAAUAAGAGCCAGCCUCCAUGAGUUAGCUUGAUCUUUUCCUCCAGGUUGUCAAGCAACUUGGCAUCAAAAUGUAUGAUAAUAUCAUGGCAGUGUGAGACUCUCUAGUAAUCCCUUGGAGCUACAAGUAUUUUGAAAGAAAGGGAGAUGUAUUUCAUUUCUAUCCAAUAACAAAGAUGUUUUUGCUUAGGCUCACCACUGAUGCUUGUAUUUUCGAUUGAACUCUAAUUUUCAGGUUUGAUAUCACUCGGUGUGGUUUAGUUCUUGAAUUUGUUAGUUUGUUUUUAUUUGGUCUGAUCUAUUUCUGAGGCUAAAUGCAAGUGAAAACAUGUGUAUAUAUGUGCAACGAGAGGGGGCGGGUCACGGAGCCUUACCCAUUAUGAAAGAAGCCUAUGUUUUCAAGUAUGGACUAUGGAGUGCCCUCUAAGUUUGAAAGGUAGGAUUGUUUAGCAUUACAUGGCAAGUAAAUGGGUGAGUCAUAAACAGUUAUGACGAAAUAUCAAGACCUUGAGAUGCCAAAGCUUCAACUGUUUUGAUCCUUUCUGGUUGAAUGGGAGCAAAAGUCUGCUCCUUGAAGAUAGUCAUCAUAUAUACAAAAAUUUGGAGUCGAAUUCCACCUGCAUAUUUGAGUUAACCCCAUUCAUAAAAUCAGAGUAAAGCUUUGAAUAAUGCAACUUCUGCAUGUAGAGGAGAUACUGCAUCAAUAAGAAGGGCGAGUACAAUCAAUAGAAGACCUUGUUCGGUUUUUCCUACUAGCUCAUCUAGCAGCAUCCUUAUUCACUUUGGCUGCAUUAGUAUUAAUUUUAAGUUUAUUUCCUUCAGUCUGGUCCAGACUUGAAGUAUUAGUAGUAUUAAAGGAGCUCUAGCUAGGGCUAGUUAUAAAGGACGGAAGUAAUAAGCCUCUCUUCUUCUGGAGUUCUGGAAAUCAACUUUUCUAACAUAUUUGAAUCAUUCCACCUUGAAGCACCAAGAGUCUAAAGAUUCAUAUGUAUAAGGCUGCAACUUUUCAACCGUUGGGGGAUCAUUUGACAGCUUAGAAGACUCCACAAAAUCAGCUGACAAAAAGAAGUCCUGCAAUCAGAACCAUUACCUCUAUUGCCCAAGAUACCAUUUUGCUGAAAAAAUUCUCCCCAUCCCCAGUGUUUGAAACCUUCCAGUGUGCUUGAACUGUGAGCAGUUUUGGCAAACUUGGAGUUUGAGAGUCCCUACUAGAUUUGCCUCCAUAGCAAGACACUUCUUCUGGGUGAUCACUCAUCAUAGGUUUGACUGAGAAACCGGCAAUUCGGCAGUGCCAUUGGAGAUCCAUUCUGAGGCCCUGCAGCAAACAAAGUCAUUCACUUCGCAAGGUGCAAGAACCUGUGUUUUCGUGUCAACUGCAAAGUACAGUAUCACAGAGAGAGGCACACAUAAGUUGAGGUCCGGGCUGGACCCCAACAUAUGGAUCGCAUAUAGACCGGUCAAGCUUGGACCUCAGGCCCCAAUACACUAGGGCCCAAAAUUUAAAUACUACCUUUAUAUUGUAUAUUCUGUAUAUAAUAAAAAAACAAGGGCCAUGCUCGUUGUCUAGCUUAAAUCAUUCGCUACAAAAGUAACAAAACUAGCUGAACAACAGAGUUAUCAACUAAGUAGUGAAGUACAAAUCCGAACUGCCGAAUUUGUUGAUAUGUCAUUGCUUCCAAAAAAUUAUACUCCAUAGCUUUUAUAUUGAUUCGCUAAUUUGAU